AUGCAUACGGCCGACUACGUAGCCCGCUUGCGCAGUAUCCUAGUUUUCCGAGGCGGCAAUGGACGCGAGUACCUCAACGACCUACACGCGCUGCAGCUCGACUCGAUGGCGUGGACCACCGUACACACUCGCGGUCGAGCGCCAGCCCCACGGGCCAACCACAGCUCUGCGCUGGUGGGUGAUGACCUGCUCGUUUUCGGAGGUUGGGACGGUCGGCAAAGACUCAAUGAUGUCCACGUGCUGGACACGCGAAGCAUGACGUGGUCAGGCGUGGCGAGCGAGUUUAGAGUAGAUACAAGACACUACGUGGCCCCACCGCUGCCUCGAGCAGGUAUGACGAUGGCCCGCCAUCGAGAUCGAUUGUUCAUCUUUGGAGGCUCCGGCCCGUCGGCCAAAUGCUAUGACGAUCUCCAUGUGUACGACCCGAGUAGACAUCAGUGGGUGGAGACAGUUGCCGUGAUCACGGCCGAGAACCCAGACGAGCACACGCGGAGGCUGAGCUGUCGAUCUGGUCGCGGUCGCACGCGGUCCCAACCACGGUGGGAUAUAUACGAGGACGAGGAUCAGCAAGAUGGAAGUUGGUCUGGAAACGACGCAGAAGAGUUCGAUGACGAUCUGGAUAGUGACGAGGAGUUUGAAGACGCACACAGCGACAGAGAGGCCAUGAUGGUGGCACAAGGGCUGGCCACUGGCUCCUGUGACUUGGCCAAUCCAAAUGAAAUGUGUGAAUUCUCAGCUGUGGAGACACGAAAGCGGGAAGAGCCCCUGUUAGUAGUAGGGAGGGGCCCUGGAAGACGAGCUGGCCACACGUGCACAGUAGUGGACCGCAUGCUUGUGAUUUUUGGAGGCUCCUGUGGUGCUGAUUACCUAAAUGACUGCUUCACAUUAGACACCGACCCUCCUCCACGGGCUUCUGUAUCGCUGCCAUCGCCAGCAAAACUGCUGCGUCAUGCGCUCGCGCAAUAUGUUGCCUGUGAGGAAUUUGCUGAUAUUUCCUUCCCUGUCCACAGUCUGCAGACGGACUCAACGAGAUCGAAGAAGCUCGUCGCAGACAAUCCGAGCAAGCUCAGGUUUUGGAUCUGA